UUGAUCUGUUAUGGAAGACAUUGAUUCGUAUCGUCUUUUGAGCACCUGCCGUGAACAUGAUUUGAUCAGAGCUUCUGAGAAACUUUGAACCGCCAUUCUCCCARUCAAUAUAGAAAUACUUUAACAACUGACUUGUCAUUAAAAGAAUAUUUCAUUCAACACAGGUGACGAGUAACUGAAACAACGUAGCCCUAAAUAUUCUCACCCAACGGAACUUAACGCAGCGAGAAAAAGAUGGUGUGUUURUGUAAGCUGUUCCUAGUCAAAUAUAAAUUGAGAUCAGUUCUAGCCAAUAGUAAUAAGGUGGUUUCUACAAGGCGAUAAGUUCAGAAAAUYCACUCCUAAACCAACGUGGGGCGAUAAAGUAGUGAUAAUUACUACUMGAUAUUAUCAGCCAAUCAAUCAAACCUAUUUUAUUGGUAUACUUCUAUGUCAUAGAUUUUCAAAUAAGUUCGUUUUCAAUAAACACCACAUCGAAUAUAAAACCUAUAGAGAUAUUAACAAUCCUGUAYGAACUCUUUGCGCGUGAUUGUUUGUGAUGGUGUUUUUAUUGAAGGAGAGUUUUUAGCAUCAGUCGAUAUUUCAAAUUUGAUUGAUUACUAUUUUUGUUUUUGGUGUUUUUAUACUUUGUUAGACACAACACAUCAUGUUUGUAUAGCUGCGACCGCAAUACACAGUGGCAACAUGGUUAAAAUAGCGCCUGAAUCCAAGAAGCAAUUAACACUUUUCAACUACCUAUAUUAAUAAUGCUUCACGCUAUUAUUUUCUUAAGCUUGUUAAACUACAAUAUACUAGUGCGUCAUCAACUCUUGAUUUAUAUUGACAAAAUUCUGCAUCCACUUUCGUCCCGAAYAGAAGAAUCAACGGCAACGUUUCUCRUGUURAAUGUGUUGSUGAUAAGAACAAAGAAUAAGUGAGAAUCCGCUAAAGUGAGAAUAAUAUCACAGAGUAGUUGCCUAUACGAUUUUGUGAAGUCAAGAAAGUACUAUAAGUAGCGUUGUCAAGGUGAUUUGGCAAUGUCGAUCAAAAGCCUUCGACACCGAUUACACCUGCCGCAAUCUGAUGCGGCAGUAAACACACCACAAAUGUUCAAACAGAAAGCUCAGCAAGGCGUUAUAGUGAAGUUCGCUCAACUUGGUUGGUUCUAGAACUAAUCUUCUGUCUCUUGUAUAAUUAUGGACAUGAAAUAAUAACGUGUUAAAAUAUACAAAACUGUUAUCGGUGCAAUAAGCGAGAYACACGACAAGGACUAUACUGCUCUAUACUAAACUCCGAUCUUGGACGUGAUGAACGAACGAAAAGUGUUUUUUAUGGAAUGGRCACCGAACAAUGCACGUUUUAUCAAAGGUAUUUCGAUCAGCUCAUCRUUGACUCGUUUUGUAACUGUCCACAUUUUUUACCGUCAAGACAUUCCCAGCAGUCAUCUACCGAAAUAUAAACCAUGGCUUUUCAAACAUCCGGUGUCGAAAUCGAAAGCCAAUGAAGAUGGAAUCGUGAAAGCAAUGGAACUCUAUAUAUUGCGAUAUAUGUUUAGAAUUAAAARCAGUAAUAAAUUAAUGGAAAGACGACAAAUGAUUAAAGCCUUUAUAGUCUCUUGGGCUGAACGCACUCACAAACUCUUCGAUACUGUUGCCUUGGAAACACCUGGCGUCAUACUGGAACUAAUUGACAGCAGGUCUGUAUCUUUGCUAGAUCUUAUGGACUUUAAAUGCGAUAUCUGUAAAACGGCAUUCAAAGAAUAUUCCGAGGUCAUUAAGCAURAUGGRGAUGUGCACAGUCACGUGUGUUACAACAUGGAUUGUAUCCAUAGCAGCAARGAGAAUUGCUUUGAGAGUGAAAAGGAGUUGCAGAGRCACUUGUCUUUUCAAAUGAGGUGUGAAUUCUGUCCUGGAAGGGUAUUUUGCGUCAAGGASCAAUUACAAACACACAUGAGAGAGACACAUAAGGAAUGUCACUGUCCAUGUGGAAAAUACUUUGGAAACAGGCAAGCUUAUUUGGACCAUUUUUUCUUUCACUACCCGUCACCAAAAAGUAUUAUGUCUAGAUAUAGAUUUGAAAAUAUCUCACCACAAAAGAACAAGAAACUAUCAAAUCGCAAUUUAAAGGUGCAGCAAAAAAGCGAUAAUGAAGAAGUAGAUAACUCCUUGAUUGAUGAGCCUYAAAGUCCGCUUGAUAUUGCAACAAGCGAUCUGAUAGUUAAUGAUAAGAAUGAUUGAUAACUCUAAUUUAGUCUUCGACUUGUAUCGUGGCCGUCAUUUACCAUCUGCAUCGUCAUGCUAUAGCUAUAUCAUAGUCCAUAUUACUAUGGUUAUAUAUAUUAUUUGUUUGGCCAAAAGAAGCACUCUUGAUUCAGUAAAAUUAUUAAUCCAUUUCUUGGGUUGGUUUCAAAUCUACUUUCGAUAAUCUAUAGUUGCCUAAUGAUGUCCUUGUAAUAAUAGGAAAAACAGGUAUUAACAAUAUAUUAGAAUGUAUUGCUCUGACCUUAAUACGUCGCCUGCAGUAUUUACUCAAAGGAUKGUAACUGUUUCCAUUUUUGGUGCGUCAGUUCCCUGUGAUACUCUGCUAGUAGCCGCAACAACAAAUCAGCUCUCUCAUGCGCACUAAAAAACUGCAUGCUAAUAGUGAAGUUGACAAGAUUAAGCACAUCAAUAAAGACCAUAAAUAAUAGUUAAA